UGCCUACAUCAGCCUACAUAACAUACAUUACAUACACACAUACAUACAUUACCUCUGUUAUUAUUAACCUUACUAAUAUAAAAUCAGAGACUAAACUUAAAUAAAACCAGCAAAAAUGCAAGCCAGGGAAGAAAAACAACUUGAAGCUGCAUUAGAUACAAUAAUCCAACGUGUAAACGACUUAAAAUCAUCCACAGCGGCUAUGAUUUACAAGGUCGAGAACGAAUAUGAAACGCUCAACUGGCCAACAUUCUUAGACAAUUAUGCCUUAUUAUCAGGCCAUCUGACAUCGUUAUCGAAAAUAUUAAGCCACGACAAAUGCCCGCUCCUCCGCAAUCUCACAGUACUACCACUAAUGCUCUCACCUGAAAGAGAUGAAGCCCUAGCCCAGAUGACAGAAGGAAGAGUAUGCACAUUCGCUCACGAUCUCGUCCCUGACUACCUCCGCACCAAGUUGGAACCCAUGGCAGAGUCAAAAAUGCUGCAACUGGAACACAAAGCAGCCACACUGGCAUUUGACAACUCACAGAAGCAAAUUACUGCUUACCAGAAAGUAGUCUCACAUGUGUGGGACAUUGUGAGCAAAGCCAGAGAAGAAUGGGAGGUUGAAGCAUCAGCCAGGGGUGGUGCACAGCAGAAUUCAAGCAUGGCAGAUACCAAUCUACUGGUUGCAGCUGUAGGCAUGGGCAAAGGACUUAAAAUGAUGGGUAAUCCUCCACAACCAGGUGUAAUGGUUGCUCCUCCAGGUCGUCCUGGAAGCGGUCCAGGUCCAGCCAUGUCCCCAGCCGGUCAACCGAUGAAUAAAGCUCCUUCAGGAAUCAAAACUAAUAUUAAAAGCGCUGUACAAGUCCAUCCAUACACUCGAUAAAUAUUUACAAUUUUGUACAAUAUUAAUUUUAUAUAAUAUAUUCUAACUUGUAUUAUUUGUAUUUUAAUAAAAUGCAAUGUACAUUGUAAUCAACAAAGUGUACAAUAUGAUUAAA